UAGUCGCCAAGACAGCGUUUGCCCAAGUCGGUUCGCGGAAUUUUUGUGGAGUUGUUUAUUGUAUCGCAUUGUCAUUAGCAGCUUCAAGAAGAGGAUGGCGCGUUCUCGUCCGUGCCGCGUGCUGCUGCUGCGGCUCAUCGCAGGCCUAAUCCAAGUUCGCUUCCACGUGACAAUCUUGCUUCCUCUGCCAUUUUCUGAGCGAAUAAGGUCAGUGGGAUGCUAUGCUAUAAAUCAGGGAGUCGCUCGUGAUGCCAUGCCAUACGGCUUUACGCUGGGAAAGAAAGAUCAAUGCAGCAACAGACGGCGAUGCCGACGCCGACGCCGACGCCGAUGGGGUGGUCAGAGCAGUCGCUGGCGGCCGAGACGGCGGCGAUCGUGUCCGCUCUCACGCACGUCGUCGCCAGCGGCCGCGGGCCGCCGCGCCAGGCGCCGGCGCUAGUCAUGCCGUGGCACCGCGCGGACGGCAACGCCGUCCAGCACAGGCAGGUGGCUGGGGUGGCGGCGCAGGGCACGACGCCGGCGCCGGCGCCCGCAGCGGCGGGGCCCGCGCGGAAGUACCGCGGCGUCAGGCGGCGCCCGUGGGGGAAGUGGGCGGCGGAGAUCCGGGACCCGCAGAAGGCGGCGCGGGUGUGGCUGGGCACCUUCCCCACCGCAGAGGACGCCGCGCGCGCCUACGACGCCGCCGCGCUCCGCUUCCGCGGCGGCCGCGCCAAGCUCAACUUCCCCGAGGACGCCGCCGCGCGCCGCGCCAGGGACGCCGAGGCGGCCUCCGCCGCGGCCAGGGCGGGGCCGCCCGCCGCGCUGCUCGACUCGCAGGCCGUCGGCGACGACAUGGCCGAUUACCUCGACUAUUCGAGGAUUCUCGAAGCCACCGAGCCCAGCGGCAUCGUGGACGGGCUCUUUAGUGGCCACGGGAACGGACGCUUCCUCGGCUCCUGGAGCAUUGGGACGUCGCCGCCGUCCUCGGGCUCCGGCGCUUCGCCUGCCUGUGCCGCCUCCACUCCUCUGUUUCAACAGACUGAUGGCGGGAAGCAGAGCAGCAGUAAUAGUGCCGCCUUUGGGGACUAGCUCACCAUUUCUAGUUUCGUUUUCUUAGUAAUAGUAUACAAACUAAAAGAAACAACUAGUCGAGUUUAGGUGAUUUGUAGCCUUUUGGCUACACUAGGUACUUCAUUCAUGAUUGCAAACCGUGCUAUCAUAGGAAUUUGUUAUAUUGAUUUAAUUAGGAUGGUAUGGUCCGAAGAACAAUAAUUCUUUCGUGUAUGGUUAUAUUUAAAAUUUGGAAUAAAGAUUUCUUACACUA